AUGACUUGGAAUCCGGACCAUGACAAGCUUUACGAGGAUGCGCUAAAAGAGUUCCCGGAAGAGGAUGACAAUCGCUGGGAAAAGAUUGCCAGUCGGGUGCCGGGGAAGUCUCCGCAUGAUAUCAAGGCUCAUUUCGAGGAUUUAUUCGUGGAUUCUUUACUCCUUGAUGUUCCUUAUAAUGAAGCGAAUGCGGACCCGAUCGAUGAUCCGAUUGACAACGAGAUUUCUUCAGGCAAAAUGGAGACUUCGGUUCAAUCCGAUGACUCUAGUGAGCUUUCUUCCGAAGAAGAAUAUAGAAAUUGGAGCGCCAUGUCAAGAAACUAUUACAAGCGUCUCGACAUUACUGAUCAACCUCCGCUCACCAGUGUUCCUAGCCAUGGUGGCUCCAACAAGAUGGCCUCCGUCGAUGGUGGUGCAAUGGAUCCCCUGCCUUCCGAUUUUCCCAGGCAAGGAGGCAAUGACCCAACAGACACCGUCAAUGGUGGUGCAAUGGAGCCACCGCCUACCAAUCUUCACAGUCAAGGAGGCAGGCCCAAAAGACGCCGCACUAGUGAUCCAAUGAAGCCCCGGCCUACAGAUUCUCCCAGUCAAGGAGGCCAACAAAAUUUCUGA